ACUUGAAGCUCAACUUGAAGCACAAUGGCGGAAGGGGAGAUGGUUCCUCUGCUUCCUUUGCCUUCUGGAUAUGAAUACGAAUUUAUUUCAGCCGUACUCGAGGAUUUCCACUGCCUUAUUUGUCAUCUACCUUUACGAGAACCAGUUCUCACUAGAUGUGGUCACAGAUAUUGCAAAGGUUGUCUCGAUGAAGCGAUUAGAAGGUACGCUGUUUCAACAGACGAGUGACGGUAGCACGGGCAAUGCCUGGAUACGUCUAGUCAGUUUAAUUUAAUACCCGGGUAAUGCAUGACAGCAAAAUAACCAUGCUAGAUGGUGAACAACACAGUACGACAAGGAAAGCAAAAAAACCUACGCACUUUGAAAUGCUACUUGUACCACUUUAAUAAUUCCUGCACAAGACGAAACGUUUGUUAUGUUGUAAAGUAUAUGUGGUAGUUAAUUUUUUAUCUCAGGUUGUUUUUCUUUUUCUUUUGUUUCAACUUCAUUAGCAUGCAUUACCAUACCCAAAAACCAAAGAAAAACAAAAAUUACCUGGCGAUAAAAAAUUAACUGUAACAUAUUAUAUGACACGAAAUUGUAAUUUAUACCUGUAAGAACUUAUAUACAGUGCCUUGAUUGUACCACUUCAUUCUUGCACAAGGUUUGUUUUGUUCUGAUGUACCUUUUUCCAUUGCUUGUACCUGUGAAACAGUACUAGACCUGCCUUGUACCCAGACGUCUCUCUCUCAAUGAAAAUUUGCAUGUAACCAGUCACUUGCGUUUCACGCUCGCCUCUAUGCAAAACCAUGUGAAAAAUGAAGCACCUGAGGAGGAGGCAGGUACUAGACAAGGAAAGAAUGAAAACGUUUAUGUUUCUAAUGCAUGGUUCAAUUUGACCUGUUACCAUCCCCCCCCCCCCUCUCCGGGCAACCCCCCGGGACAAAUCCAGCCCUUUGGGCCUGGGGGUAGGGGGUGGGGUAAAUCAAAAAUAACUUCGCUCCCCACCUCUUAUUUUGUGAAGUUCAUGUCAUUUCUUGCACAUUUUGCAAGAUGGCUUCCUGCAGACCUCAAGACUACACAUUCUCAAGGGAAAUUGCAGGAAUUUGUCAGAGAGCGGUUGGAGUGGAAUAACCUAUCAAAAUUUAAGCCUUUUUUAAAGGUGUAUUUUAAAUUUUUACUCGAAUGUGCAUAUAAUGCAUUGAUCUUUUUUGGAAAAGCAACAAAGAAAUAUUUCUUCAGCCUAGUUCUAUGAUAUGAUAAGACAACCUAAAUAGACUUUAUUAAAUUAUCUGAAAAUAUGGAUAAAAGGGUUUUAAUAUAUAAAGAUAAACAGAGAUUCAUUCCAGUGUUCUUAUGAAGUGUUCUAUCCAGGGGGAGCUCAAUUAAGAGUUUUUUUCUUCAUUUUUGUUUUCAAUUUUAUUGUUGAUGUUUUAACUACUUUAUACAUGUAUUAUUCUUCUCUAAAUAAGCUCUAGAACACAUUUAUAAAAGCUCUGAAUACAUUUUGUUUUACUAUUGUGCAGAAAUCAAUUUUGCUUUCAAAAGGAUGUACCCCAAAAACAUGUUUUAUGAGGUCGAUCAGGAGCUCGGGGUGGGGAAUUGUCUCUUUCUGCAUUUAUGCCUAGGGUCGGGAAUACUCCACCAAGAACAAAAAAUGCAAAUCGGGGAGGGAGCGGGGAGGGGGGGGGCGGGCAUGGUAACUGGUCAAAUUGAACCAUUCAUAAGUCGUUUUGCAAGUAAGUUUCUAAUAUAAUUUUCUUUAGUUUUUGCAUUCAUGGAUCUUUAUAUGUCACUGUUUGUUGCAGUAUUUAUAUCAUUACCAUUACUUGUGGAAAGUCCUUUUUUUAUCAAUUGUAAACUUUUGCAAUCUUGCAUUCCAAUUAUGGCGCAAAAAUGCCUCAUAAAGCAUUGGCAUACAAGCUGCUGUCUCAGACAAAAAUAGCUGGGACACUUCCACCUGAAAUAAUGCCUAUGCUUGAUCAUGCAUACCAUUUGUCUUUGACAUGGUUUUAUCUUCCGGAGGAAUGUGAGUGCUUAAGUCUCUGUUUUCAAGUUUGAAGAUCAAUUUUGUGUUCUUGUUCUUAGUUUUUAUUUGAUUGACUGUGUUAGGAAGUAUUCUUUUCCCAGCAGCUCGUGUCAUAAUUGAGAGAAUGAUAACAUUAUUUGAAAAAUCUACAAUGCCUACAGGUAGCUCAAGUUAACUGAGAUAUAGGUAGUCAGUGUGUUUACAUCAGGAUCUCUCGUGAAGCAGAAAGUGCCACCACCACACGACAGUUUAGCAAACUUUAGUCUAACCAGAAGAAGAUAAUGGCAUCUUUAAAUGGCUUCUGUUUAAAUUUUUGGAGCGUAGUAUUUAGUAGCAGACAGUUUACCAAAAUAAUGGCACUUAACGUAGGCUAUAUUACCUCUUAGCAAAAUGCAUAGGUACAGACUUUGCUGUUAGGCUUUUACAUGUAUACUUACUUUAUUACAGGCAAGAGAUUCCAGAGUGUCCUACAGACAGAGAAAGACUAGACCUAGAAAAGGUAUUUGUCUAUAGUGAAUAUGCCUGACUUCUGUAGACAGGGCAGUUAUUUGACAUCAAGAAUCAAUUUUUUUUAUAAUUAAGAAGAAAUCUUACAAUAACCAAACAGGAUUCAUAGUGUUGAAAAGAUAACAGACUUUAUAGCUCAGAGAUGGAGGGCUCAGUUAAGCUUUGGAAACAUCUGCAGCUUCUCUGGAACUUUGUUGCUAAUCCAAUGAUAUACAUGUACAACUGUAAUAAAUAGUGAUUCCCUCUGCUCUGCUCUAAAAACUAUAAGUACCCCCUUCACAUUUUUUUGAUCCCGACCCCAGGUAGUUUCCCAAGCAGACAUUCUUUUGGCUCAUCAUCCAUCUAGGAUAUUUUCUGGAACCACCCAAUUUCCAAAUAAUAUAUUUCUAAUGCAGUCUUUUAAAAGGCCUCUGUAGAGUAAAACAGGUUCAAAAGGAUGAAUUUGAAGAUCUGACAAGUAAAGUAAUUAUGUAAUUAUUAUUUGCUGCCAUUAACAUAUAGGAUAUAUUCCCUGAUAAAGCCACAGAAAGAAGUAUUCUCUCUUGUUGCGUGAAAUGUCCCAGUGAAGGCUGUGAGUGGACUGGAGAGACUAGAUAUGUAGAGGUAUAAGAUAUAUACUAAUGUAAUGUUUGUCGGUAGCUACGAAUGGACCAUGCACUGGUUUCAAACCAGAAAUUUCAAACAUAGUUAUUCUAAACCCUUUUCUCAUCUGGUUGAUCAAGAAAUUCUAUACCCAUUAUACCAGCCUGAGGUGUGUCCUGUAUCAGUUGUCUGGAUUUUAGAAUGUCAGUGUGUGUUCAUAUACUCCAUGUUUUUGGCAGCUGAAAAUUAUUUGAAAGAUUUCAAUUGUCACUAAUAAAGUGGAACAUGGCCUAAUGAUCCAUAGGAUCAUUAUACGUUUCUGGGAAACUGCCCACCUACCCCUCCCCUAAGCCAACAUUAACACUUCUCACUUAGGGACAAAUGUUGGCUUAGGGGAGGGGUAGGUGGGCAGUUUCCCAGAAAUGUAUAAUGAUCUGUUUAUUAUAUAAUAAUUACCACUUCAUUAUUCAGUAUCCCACUCUGGGACCAAUGUAAUUCAGAGACACUCUGUCAUUUUCUUUCCUUUUUAAAACCGUGUUAACCCAUUCACUCCCGAACCACUAAUAACCUCCUGUGAGGUUCCAUCUCGUUCCAGUUUUGACGUCAUCAGUUUAACUGCCUAAGGAUCGAGAUCUUUAUGACCAUACUUGAAUGAGCAUGUUUCAGCCAAAAAAGGGGGAGAAAAACAAAGAAAAUGAUUUUAAAGUUUAUCCUAAAAGUUUUCCAUAAUAUCUAUUUUUAUGUCCCCCUUUACCCUGUAGAAAUAAAUUCAGGUAAGACUCAUGGUUUGGUGAGACCUCUUGUGUCCAAGACAUUUUUAUAGUUCUUCCAUAAGGUUAGUAUGUGAAUUUAAUUUUUGGCCUCUUCUUUUCAGACUCACCUUAAGAUCUGUGCUUACAAGAUUGUCACUUGUCCCAAUUCCAACUGUGACAUGAAAGUGGAAAGAAUGCUUGUGGAUGAUCAUAUGAAUACGCUGUGGCUACUGCAAUGAGGAGCAUUAUAAAUGUGACGAAGAGGUACAGUGAAGUUACAUGUAUGCGCCUAUCACUGUCAAGUCUUAUGGGUGAAGUGGGCGUACUGGGGGCAACUGAACAUUGUCAAAGAAUUAUUUUUCGUCAAAAUACUCACCCUGGGGCCAGAAUAUGGUAUUGGGUCAAAUUCCAGUGAAAUAUCUCCAGUCUGAAGUACAUGAGAGACAAUUGACCCUGACAAUUAAGAAAUUGACCCUGUUAAUUUAAGGUUACUGGAAACCUUAAUUUAAAUUAUAGUUGUGGGUACGAUCAUUUAAAGAGAUAAUUGAUGCUUACUUAAUGCUAUUUUCUUGAAUUGGGUUUUUGAAACUUUUUCAUUGAAAGGCGGAUAAGAGUGCUUGUUUUAAAAUGGUCAUGGAAACAUUGGUGUUCUAUUUUUUUUCAAAAUGUUUAGUAUAUUUAGAAAGUGAAGCUCUAUAAACUAUAAUUUGAUACAGGUUUUACACUCUUCAUCUCCUGGACUUUAUGUAAGGGAUCUGGCACCUGGUAACCUCUUAGAAGGGAGAAACUAUGUCAAAUACCUUGGUAUGACUCAUCGACUCAUAACUCACUUGGAAGAAUCAUAUAUCAUUUAUCUCCUCAAAGAUCAGCUAAUUUCUUGGAAUUCUCACAAGACUGAGACACUGUUCCCACUGGUACUUUACUAAGCAUACUGUAUAAAAAUUGUUAAUCUUUGAUGCAGCCCUACAUAACUUAUGGUAUCGCUGUAUGGGGCCAAGCUGGUCAAACAAACUUGGACAAACUAUUAAUUUUGCAAAAACACACUCUUCAUUAAAUUGAAUUUUAAUUCACUUUGCUCCACACAGAUCUCGUGUGAUCCUGUUAUUCAACCUAUAUAAUAUCCUACUGCUUGAUUUUCAAUACUGCAAGUCAGUUUGAACUAUUAUGCAUGACAGUCAUAGAGACAGAAGCAAUUUUAAUUAAGUAGCAAUGCCUUAAAACAGAUCUUUUUCUUUGUCUGCAGAAACAUGCCUCUUAAUGUGUGAAGAUUCCAACUGAUUGUUCCAAUGGGUGUGGUCAGGUCAUAACAAGAGAGGAGGUAAGGAUAACAGUGAAUAUAAGCUGCCUAGUCAUAAUAAUAGUAGUAAUAAUAAAUGUAUUAAAAAUUUACAAAAUAUCUGUUGGACCUAAUUAAAAGCUAGUUUAAAAAAGUUUGUCUAAAGCAAUAUUUUAAAAGUGUUAAAAUUUUCCUCAUUAUGAAUAUUAAUGGCUGGCAAGCUGUUCCACUGUUUUGGUGCUGCAGCCAAGAAAGCGCGGUCACCAAGUGUCGUAUGAGUAAUAACUCUUGGAGCUUGUAGUAGGAGUCCUUUGUUUGAUGUCACACAAAGGUUGAAGCCAAAUGUCUGGUAAAGAAAACGUGUUGUCUUGUAAUCACCCAAUGUGACUUCUCAGCUAAAACCUUUUUUCAAAAGAUGUGGGAUCUUAAGGGAUCUUAAGGUAUUUACGUCAGGUAACUUCUGCAAAUUAUUAUUUUAGUGAUUUCCUUGUGUUUGUUUAGAAAUCUUGUUUAUAUAUUGUUGAUAUUGUUAACUGCCUGGGUGGGUUGUUUUGCUAACUUGCCAAUACAGCAAACGUUGCUCGGAACAAUGCAUUCUGAUUGAAUUAAUGUUAUCGUAAAGCAUCAAGCUAAUACAUUUAUUCCCGUUCGAGUCAUUGUGUCAGAAAGAAAAUGACCCUUACUUGUGGAUUUGAUUUUUUUCAGAUUGGAAACCACACUAAAAAUGACUGUCCACUUUCUAUCAUUUCCUGCCCUUUUCUUUCAGUUGGCUGCAAUACAAAGGUGUGUUUCUUACAUUUCUUAAGUCAGUCAUCAUAUAUUUUACUUAAUAUUAUUGUUUUGUUAUUUUCGGUCCUGGAGAGGGUCGGUCCUCUUUGACUGGUUGCCCUGCCCUUUGCAGGGAGGCUUCAUCUAAUUGGUCAUGCAACACUAGUAGGAAAGGAAUCGGCGGAGAUCGGACGACGUUGUUUUAUCUUACUUUGGAAAGUCCCCGACACGGGAAAAGAUUUUAACAAUGAGUGCUUUAUUUAAGAGUACGUUUGGCGUUGUGUACGGUUAGCCUAAACCAACUGGUUUUACUGCCUUCUUGAUUUGUAGUAAACAAAGACGAUACACGAGCAGGAGGGUAUUAUCAGGUUUAAAAACUCGAGGCGAGUUUGCCCAGAGUUUGUAAACCUGAUAAUACACGACUACGAGUUUUUUGAACGGCUUCAAAAUGUCUCAUAUAGAUCAACUCAUUCUUGCACUUAUAUUUAGAUUUGGGGUUAUUUUGGUCUAAAAGGUUAGACGGUAAAGUUUAACCGUGCCUUUAUCAGAUGUAAAGACACUCAUUAUUACAUUUUAAUUUCUUUUGUUUUUUUCUUUAUGAAUUAUUAAUGAGUUUUUGAAUCAUGGUCUGGGUCACCGUGUGAGUUCCGUCAUUUCCCAGAGGUUUCAGCCCCCACCCGGUAUUCACUCCAUCUGGCUAGUGGUAUCAGUGAAACCCUCGGGGACUAAAUUUGUUUUGAUCCAUCGUCGUGACAUUGCGAACAUAACGUCUUUCUCAACACGAUAUUCUCAUUAAAAUAGGUUUUGUAAUGAGGUCCACGUUUUCUUUUAGGUCAUGCGCGAAAAUAUGGCUUCACAUCUUCAGUCCUCUACUGAAGGGCAUCUUGCUUUAGCUUGCGUGAAGUUGAAUAACACUCAAGAGCAGUUGGCAAAUACACAGGUUGAGCUGAAUAAAACUCAAAUUCAGCUGAACAACACUCAGACUCAACUCAAUAACUCGCAAGAGACAACAGUAGAAUUGGUGAGGAAAGUGGACUGGCUUGAGAGACAACUGAAAGAAAAAUUAAAUGAAAAGCAAGUCAACGAAGCUGUACAUAAAGUAAUGCAGAUGAAAACUAGGUUUAUAUGGAAGAUCGAUAACUUUUCUGAAAUGCUCAGAAAAGCAAAGAGAGAAGAAAAGUUUAAGAUAAAAAGUCAACCAUUCUACACGCAUAGCUGUGGCUACAAAUUACGGUUAUCGCUGUAUCCUAACGGUACUGGGUCUGGGACGAAUAGUCAUCUUUCUGUCAACAGUAACGUAUUAAAGGGAGAAUAUGAUGCUUUAUUACCGUGGCCCGUAAAAAUAAGUAUGACAAUUACUUUGAUUGAUCAACAACCUUAUGAAAUCCUUCAGGAGAAUGUUGAGUCAUGCAUCACGAAUACCGUUUCGGAAAUGCCUAAGAGCAAUAAUAAGAAUACUCGUGGGUCUCAUCAAUUUUUGUCUCAAGAAAAACUUAUGACAAGGUGUUAUCUUGAACACGACACCUUGUUUCUCCGAGUUGACGUUGGUCCAACAGCGGGUGACUUGGGUUUUUGGCCAACGUCUUACCCUUUGUUGACGGAGACAUUUGGAAGUUGGUGACUUUAGAUCAUGGAUAUGUAUUUUGCGGCAGGUCCCCAUUAUCUCAGUUCUCUUGAUUCAAGUCACCUCCUCCUUUUCUAACUUUGUUAAAUAAUGGUCACUUUUCAGGACGCGUCAGAUUUUCGGGUUUGAAUUUUCAGUGAACACAAACUGCAGCGCAAAUAUAUAGGUGCAGCGCUUUAGUAACAAGUGUAAAAUCAAUCAGUGGUGACUUCGCGCGUUAACCUUCAUUAUUUUUUCACACUCAAGAAGUUUAGUGGAGUUUUUCAGCGUAGACUGCAAAGCCAGGGCGCAAAGUACCGGCGUGAAAAAUUCGCGCGAAGUGGGCGAAUCUCUUACAGAAAUACGGGCUGUUUUGCAGUCUAUCUUUAGCUUAGCAUUAUAGUGCCUAAAAGAGAUAUGAAUGCUGUGAGGAGUAAAAAGGACCUGCUUGGCUUUUCAAACAGACGUUUUUACGGGAAAUCUCUGGUUUCCAGCUUUAGAUUCAUUCAUGAAAUAGAUCGUUUUCAGGUUAUGUCAAGUUCGCCAUAUUGGUACACCAAAAAGUAUUUAGUGGGGGCCAUGUUAGUGCAUCAAAAAAGUCCUGUAAGGAUUAAUCUCUUCUCAUGUAAAAGAUUUCUUUUAUUCGAAAAGGGUUUGUAGAGUGGCUGAUCACGCCAGUAAAAACGAUAUAUAGAUUUUUUUGAGCUGUGCAUGUAUAGAAAAGGUUGAGUUUGUAUAGUGACAUCAACGGUGAAACGUUAGCACUUUGGGUUACUUUCCCGAAAAGACAAUAUAGCAAAAAUUAGGAAAGUUAAUAAAAGUAUUAGUUAAGAUAUUUUCAGUUUUUUCCUUCAACACAGCUCAGAAAGCUGGCAAACGAUUUGUUUAAACUGACGUGUUUCUUGUUCUGCCUUCCGUUCAAAUAACUCAGCAUUGAGAGCGAAUUUACUUAUUUACCCGCGCUGUCCGCCAAUUUAGUUUUCAACGGAUAUUAUUUGUUCGCCGCUCAUUUUUUUCCUUGUUCUCCACGUCCUCUCCACUGGUGAACAAUAAGAUCGCAUUGCUAUGUAGAGCAAGUAUGCGAAACCUUAAAAUAAACAUCUUUAUUGAUGUUAUAAUUGUUGUAUGCAUUACAUUUAUAGAUAAAAAUACUGAAAAAUGGUAGAAAGGGGUUCGAACCUUCGAAGUAAAAUAAAAAUGCAG